AUGGGGGAGCCCACCGUCGUUGGCAUCGCUCUCUCCAAUUCUGCCCUCGACAAGCAGUUGCGCGCUUCCCGUGCUGCGUUGUAUCCGAAGGAAGUGGUUGGGGUGAUCGCUGGUCUGAUUGCCGCCGUAUCUCUGUUCCAUGUUCUCAACCUUUUCUACAUCUUUCUCACUCGCCCCGCCAAGCGAGGAGCUGUAUCUCUGCAAAGGAUUCCGCUUGCUGUGGCGGAUGUAACCCGUUCUAUCGGGUUUAGGUGGACGAUCUCCUUCGGAUUAUCGUAUUCUUUGAAUCUGGUAGAGGUCGCCUUGACGGCGGCAUACAUAUCUCUGCUCUUUGUGUUCGCAUUGGUUAACACAACUUCAACCACUGGAAUUAAAUUUGAACCACAUUAUUUCGGAAACAGGGCUGGCGAUAUCGCAGCGUCGCAGAUCCCCAUUAUUGUUGCUUUGGGUACCCGCAAACAUUAUUUCAUGGAUUACUGGCAUCAGCUACAUCAAGUUGAGCUAUCUCCACAGAAUGACGGCUCGCGUCUUGUGUGUUAUGGUUUGGCUUCACGCUCUUGGCAAGAUGAAAACGGGUGCCCCAGCUACCUUGCCGUUGGUCCGUGUAGGCUUGUUUGCCCUCAGCUCCCUCGCGCUAUUAUGAUGUUUCUCGUUGCUACAUAUGUUCACCUGAAGGAUAUUCAUAUGGCCUACUAUGGAAUCUUACCCGCAAUGAUACUUUGGGGUUUAGAUCGUUUCAUGCAUUUUGCGCGCAUCAUUAUAUUCAAUUUCGGUUACUUCAAACCAACACCUUCAACGUCGGAAGACUUUGAUGCGUCCGUUGAUGUUCUCUCUCCUCAAUUUCUCCGUAUCACCCUUCGCCGACCAAGUCAUUUUCGCUGGGCAGCCGGUCAAUGCAGCUAUCUCUCGUUCCCCGGAGUCUCGUCCUGGCCGUUUGAGGCCCACCCUUUCACGAUAUCGACGACUUAUGGCCCUGAUCCUUCUCCAUCUGGGAACAAGCUCAUUUUUUAUGCUCGGGUGCAUGACGGCUUCACACGAAAGUUGCGGGACAGAGCAACAGAGGGGGAAAAGUUCCGAGUGUUUUUGGAUGGUCCGUAUGAUUCUCCCCCUGCACUUGUUGGGUACUCUACUUCUAUCCUCAUUGCUGGGGGUUCUGGAAUUGCAUUCAUACUUCCUCUCCUUAUCGAUUUGAUUGGUCAAGCAAGGCGUGGAGAAACGACGUGCCGACGGGUUGUCUUUGUAUGGUCGAUCCGGGAAUCAGAAAAUAUACACUGGAUCAAAGACUCCCUCAGCCAAUGCUUACAUGGUUUUGUCCCAGGAUUAUCCGUCGACGUCCAAAUCUAUAUCACUGGGAAGUACGCCGAAGGGCUUUCUCCUGUCGAUAGUAUCGCAGAGAAAAUCGAAUUUUCGGGGUCAUAUUCUUAUGGAUUCUCUGUUCCUGGCGUAUCAGUUGGGAUUGGCAGGCCAGACCUCCAAACCCUAUUGGGAAAAGAGGUUCAAGAGGCCUCGGGACCAGUUUCCGUCAACGUGUGUGGUGGCCGGUCCUUAGCAGAAGCGGUGAUGAAAGCUGUUCGCUACCCGCGGCCUAUGGAUAUUUUGAGAGNGUGGCCAUACCGUAUCAUUAUUUGUUGA